UUGUGACUGAUAAGGGAAAAAUGUUUUGGAGGAACUUAAAGUCAGUUUUCUAACUUAUUUAAGAGACUAGGAUAGAGGUAUUACAUUCUGACUGAUUUGGGUUAUAAUCCACUUCCCGUGAAAAUAAAUAUCUUGUUCUUGAAACAUGGCAGAGGAACCGAAACCAGUAAACGAAGACGACUUGAAGCAGUUGAAGGAACGGAUGAAUAUAAUAGUUAGCGCUGACCCUGCACAGUACCACAACGAUUACUCUCUACGACGGUAUCUACGUGCCUUUAAAACUGUCGAUAACGCUUUCCAGGCAAUAAUGAAAACUAACAAAUGGCGUGCAGAAUAUGGUGUGACUGAACUACACAAGGAUGCAGAACUAAUAGAGAAGUAUUCAAACAAAGCCAGAGUUCUGAAGCACCGGGACAUCACGGGGCGGCCCAUUGUCUACAUCCCGGCGAAGAACCACAGCUCCAAUGACCGCAACAUUGAUGAACUGACCAAGUUUAUUGUUCACUGUUUGGAAGAUGCCAGUAAAAGAUGUUUUGAGGAAGUAAUAGAUAAUCUAUGCAUAGUGUUUGACCUGAAUGGAUUCACCCUGUCAUGCAUGGAUUACCAAGUGCUAAAAAACCUGAUUUGGCUGCUAAGUAGACAUUAUCCGGAGAGACUGGGGGUUUGUCUCAUCAUCAAUGCACCCACAUUCUUUUCAGGGUGUUGGGCUGUUAUAAAAGGAUGGUUGGAUGAAAACACCUCAAGCAAAGUAACAUUUGUUAACUCCGAGAUGGAUCUCUGUAAAUAUUUGAUACCUUAACGUAUUAACACGACCUGAUUACGGUUUUAUUGUUUAGAGACAGUUUUCUUGGGAGUUUAAGCAGGUAAGCCACCUCCGGAAUCCCGGAAGGCGCGAGCGCCGGCAUUCACUUUUGGCCACAAGCUAGAUCCUCCG